AUGGCGGCUUCUAGCACGAAUCAUGGUAAUGUAGAUCUUUAUGAGGAUUUCUUUACCACAUACAAGUUUUCACGUGGGCCAGUCCUAGGCUGUGGCAUGAGUGGAGAUGUAGUUCUCGCCACUUCACUGACCGACCCCUCAGUACGGACAGCCGUGAAGAUUCUCUCAUUGCUGACUGCUGAUGGAGGGGUUAGAAACAUGAAACUGUUCUGUCAAGAGACCGCAGUUUUACAACGACUGUCUCACCCACACAUCAUCAAACUGGCUACAUCGGCGAUUUUUCCUGGAUACGUGGUCAUCUGUACCGAGUACUGCACCAAUGGGACCUUGACCUCCAGGCUGGACACCCUGCCCUUGGCCUUGUGUGAGAAAUACUUUCUCCAGGUGGCGUGUGCUGUAAGAUAUCUCAACGAUCGCCAGAGAAUUGUGCACAACGAUAUCAAGCCGGACAACAUUUUUAUCGACGCCAGGAACGAUGUGGUUCUGGGAGAUUUCGGAUUAUCACUGUCUUUUCCUCCGGGCAUCAUGAUUCCUACAAAAGGUAUGGGAGGCUCCCGGCGUUACAACGCUCCAGAAAAGUUUGGAUUAUUUCUUACUUUGAGUAUACUGUGCUUAUUUUGGCAAAUGGCGGCUUCUAGCACGAAUCAUGGUAAUGUAGAUCUUUAUGAGGAUUUCUUUACCACAUACAAGUUUUCACGUGGGCCAGUCCUAGGCUGUGGCAUGAGUGGAGAUGUAGUUCUCGCCACUUCACUGACCGACCCCUCAGUACGGACAGCCGUGAAGAUUCUCUCAUUGCUGACUGCUGAUGGAGGGGUUAGAAACAUGAAACUGUUCUGUCAAGAGACCGCAGUUUUACAACGACUGUCUCACCCACACAUCAUCAAACUGGCUACAUCGGCGAUUUUUCCUGGAUACGUGGUCAUCUGUACCGAGUACUGCACCAAUGGGACCUUGACCUCCAGGCUGGACACCCUGCCCUUGGCCUUGUGUGAGAAAUACUUUCUCCAGGUGGCGUGUGCUGUAAGAUAUCUCAACGAUCGCCAGAGAAUUGUGCACAACGAUAUCAAGCCGGACAACAUUUUUAUCGACGCCAGGAACGAUGUGGUUCUGGGAGAUUUCGGAUUAUCACUGUCUUUUCCUCCGGGCAUCAUGAUUCCUACAAAAGAAAAGGUCUACCGUACAAUGGUGGACGCUUCAAAACUGGACAUGUACUCGCUGGGUGUGCUUCUCUGGUGCAUGCUGUUGAAGAGAGAAGCCCCCUGCGACCGGCUCUACCGGUGUCUGGAGGACUCUCACCUGAUGUCUGGCAUCCCUGAACCCAUGUGCUGGUGCCUAGUGUCCACAUUACAGCUGGAUCCAGACAGGAGACAUUCUGCGGCGACUUUGUUGAAAAUUUUACACGGCAUAGGUUUCUACUGUAACAUCAUUGACACUCUGUAA